GCUGUUGGGUGCGCGGGGGGGUGGGGCGCCUGCUCAGGCCCUCACUCCUCUGCGCGCCGUCCCCGUCGCCGCUGCCUCACCAUGUGUCUGCUGCAACCGCUUCUACUGCUGCUGACGACCCCCAGUGUUUGGGGGGCCCGCGUUACCGUGCGAGAGGCACCCAGGGUGCAGAUCUCCUCGCAGGGACUGUUGGCUGGAAGGGAGGUAUUCGUCACCAGGACUCAGCGGGCCCGUCAGUACCUCGGCAUACCCUUCGCCCAGCCGCCCGUGGGCCCCCUACGGUUCGCACCGCCCGCAACCUCGCCACUUCCGUCCUGGGACGAUGUUCGUAACUCGUCUUUUCAGCCUGCAUGCAUGCAAGACCGAGACAGAUUCGAAGACCACGACAAGCUUCGCCUCGAGAGCAAAUUGUUUCCGGACGAAAGAAUUGAGUUCAACGAGGACUGUCUCUACCUCAACGUGUUCUCGCCUGAUGGAAAUCCACCGAAUGAGGGCUGGCCCAUUCUGCUUUGGUUUCACUCGGGCGACUUUAAGGUGGGAGCUCCACACAUCUGGGACUUCUCCGUCUUUGCUGUCAAGCAAAAGGUUAUAGUAGUGACACCUGCGUACCGGCUGAACGUUUUUGGAUUCUUUACAACAUUGGACGGAAUGGCCCCGGGAAACUCUGGAUUGUUGGACCAGGUGGCGGCGCUUGACUGGGUACAGCAACAGAUCCGAGACUUCGGCGGAAACCCCGACAAGGUGGUAAUAGGCGGGCACGGCGCUGGAGCUGUCAGUGUGGGGCUGCACUUGGUGUCACCACUGUCUCAGGGCAAGUUUUCGGCUGCUCUGCAGAUGAGUGGAGGGCCUCUCAUGACUUCCGCUAUCAAAUCACAUCAGCGUGGUAUAGUCGCCGACAUCGGAGACAACUUUGGCUGUGACGAAUUGCUCAUUUGUCUGCGAAAAAUAAGUCCCCUCAUUCUACUAAUUCAAACGGGAACCGCGGCAGAUUGGGGUCCAGUCGUGGAUGGACUCUACGUGAACAACACUGCAGAAGCUUUUCUGCCCGCGCAUCCACUCGUCCUCUUCAUGGAGCAGCGAUUCACCAAGGUACCACUCAUGGCCGGUUACACGGACAUGGAAGACGCACUGGAGUUCAGUAAACACGACUCUCCUGACAGCAACGACUUUGACAAGGAAUCUUUCAACACACUUAUCGGAGAUAGCGCUCUGGACGGAGUAUCCGAACCUGAGGACAACGAGACCUGCUAUUUAGAUAAAACUUUCAUCAGAGACUCUGUAUCUUUUUUCUAUAAUUCAGAUCCGAAUAACUUGGAUGACGUUUUACUAAAACAAAAAUAUAUGUACUACAUGACAGAAAAGAAGUACGGUGCUAGUAUAUUCAAUCAGUCAUUUUACAUGAGUAACUUUAAACAGAUUUUUCUGUAUCGUUUUGACUACAGAUUGAAGACUAUGGGGGUCUUGGAUCUGCAGGAUUGGAUGACUUCACCUCAGUUCGGAGAAAUUCCUUUCGUGUUCGGUAUGCCCUACUGGACUUCGGUCUCUUCUCCGAUCAUCUGGAACAGUGCGGAUAAAAAAGUAGCAGAUUCCGUUAUGGGGUUUUGGGGGAAUUUCACCAAGUCUUUUAACCCCGCUCAACACGGACGCAAUAUCAAGUGGGAGCCUUAUAACCCGGACAUGCCCAGUGUGAUGAUACUGGACAAGGUAUUCAACAUGAGUGACCCGGCCACCAUCAACUAUAAGGCGCUCACAUUCUGGAAUGAAUAUUUCCCCAAGGUGGUGAGAAUAGCCACCCAGUGCUGUAAUAUGACGAACCAGAGCUACAAGAUUGACAGAACUCUCACUUACAGGCUAUUUUCUGUCUACACAUUUUAUACUCUGUUGGCGAUAUUUUUGUAACAUGCUUGGCCAAUAUUGUACAUAGAGAGUGCUUUGUUGUGUUCUAAAACAAUCGGCAAUGUUCUGAAAUAUGUAAAACAGUCUCACCUGAGAAGUUGUUCUAGUCAUAUGUGGAAACAUGUACAUAUUUUUCUAUAGUCAGGAUGUAUGUGAUAUCUCUGUAUAUAUGUAAGUAUUGAAUAAAUCAUUUUUUACUAUA